UUACAAUUUGCAUAUCCACAAACUUUGUACCAACUAAAGCAAAAAUAAAAUACAAUAAAAUACUUGUUUGUGAAAUUAUUCCUUUCAUGUGACAAAUCAUUGUACCUAUAAAUUAGGUAGCUAAACCUGGAUUCCCAUAUCAUCAGUGGUGAACAUGGAAGCCAUAGGAGUUUUUGGAUCAAAACUCUCCGUUUGGCCUCAUACAAAUUUAUUUCCAGCAUGCAAACUCUAUCGUUUUCCGGUGACCUCGUAUCCUCGUAAGCAUGUACAUUUUGUUCCUUUGAAAGCGACAGCUAAUACUAUGGCUUGUGAAGAUGAAGAAAAUAAUCGUAAUUUCAGAAAGUUAGUCCCUUCUAAAUGGGAUCAUCAAUCCCUUUUUGCUAAUCUAGAUUUCUCAGAGAUGGAUGCGCUUGGGAGAGAGAUAGAGGCACUAAAGCCACAAGUGAGGAACAUGUUCAUGUCUUCCAAAGACAUUAAGAAGAAAAUUCUUUUUAUCUAUUUGCUUGUGACACUUGGUCUCGCAUAUCAUUUCGAGGAUGAGAUCGUGGAGACUCUAAAAGAUGGUUUCCAAAAGAUAGAGGAAAUCAUGUCGGAUGAAGAUGAUUUGUACGCUGUUUCCAUUAUCUUCUAUGUUUUCAGGACAUAUGGUCACAACAUUUCUUCUGAUGUUUUUGAGAGGUUCAAAGGGGACAGUGGAGAGUUUAAGGAGUGUCUUACAAGAGAUGCUAAGGGUAUCCUAAGCUUGUAUGAAGCUGCUCACAUGGGGACAACUACAGAUUAUAUAUUGGAUGAAGCUUUGACCUUCACAUUAAGUUACUUAGAGUCGUUAAGUUGUACAUGCAAACCUAAUAUGUCAAGGCUUAUACGAAACUCUUUGGGUCUACCACAGCCUAAAAACAUGGAGAUAUUAGUGGCAAAGGAAUUUAUCCGGUUCUACGAAAAUGAAGAAGAUUGCAACAAGAUGCUACUCAAGUUUUCCAAGCUUAACUUUAAAUUCCUCCAGCUACUUUACCUUCAAGAAUUCAAAAUCCUUUCAAAAUGGUACAAGGAACAAGACUUUGAAUCUAAGUUGCCACCUUACUACAGAGACAUACUUGUGGAACUGAACCUCGCUACGCUAGCAUACAUGGAGCCGAAACAUUCACGAGUGAGAAUUUUUCUGACUAAGUUUUACACGAUUCAAGUAAUACAAGAUGAUACGUGUGACAGAUAUGCUUCUCUUCGUGAGGUCGAAAUCCUCGCCGAUACCAUUGAAAGGUGGGAUCUCGACGAUCAUGCCAUGGAUGGACUACCAGAUUAUUUGAAAUCAUUGGUUAAAUUUAUAUUUGGUACAUUCCAAGAAUUUGAAAGAGAACUUGGGUCAGAAUUAGGAGGGCUUUACAGUGUGAAAGCCACAAUUGAAUACUUCAAGAGAUAUAUGAGAAGCAACCUUCAACUUGCGAAAUGGGCAAGUGCGGAUCACUUGCCUAGCUUUGAGGAGUACCUAGAUGUUGCUGGACUCGAGAUUGCUGUAGAAUUUACUUUGGCAUGUAUUUUGAUGCUCAUGGAGAAUAUCCGCAAGGAAGAAGCUUAUGAGUGGUUGAAAUCUAGAGACAAACUCGUUAGAGCAAUGUCUACAAAAGCACGAGUACCUAAUGAUAUGUUUGGUUAUGAGGAUGACAUGAGCAGAGGAUAUCAGACGGGCUCGGUCAACUGUUAUAAGAAGCAAUAUGGAGUUACCGAAGAAGAAGCAUUCAGAAAGCUUGGUCAAUUGAUUGCAGAAGGUGAUAAGAUGAUGAAUGGGGAGAUUUUGAAGCCAAUCAAUGUGCCACGCCAGGUUCUAAAGGUAGUCAUCGACACUUUACGUGCACUGAAUGUUGGAUACGAUAAAGAAGAUGGAUUCACCCGUCCUGAUCGACAUCUCAAGAACCAUAUCAUGUCUAUAUACGUUAAUCUUUGAAGACGUUGGUGUAUCCAAACUUGUGGUUUAGUAAGUGAAUGUGUAUGUACUUUUCCUACAAUACUGUGUCCCGUCGGUUGGUUUUCAAGAAAAGUAUAUGUGGUUUUGUGUUGCUUACCUGUUGCCUGUUGGUUGGGUUUCGGUUUUAUGUUGCCUUCUGAUGCAUCUUGUCCUUCAUCUUCGACUUUGUUUCCUCAUAGUCGAGAUAGCUUUACAUCUUUGUUGGGUUCUAUGUUUUCGUUGGGUUUUACUUUUCGUUUCGGCUUUCUUGUAUUCUAUUUAUUUUGAUAUUCAUUUUAAAGGAUUGUGUUUGAGUUUUGUAGACUUCCAAAGUUAUUUCUAACCAUAACACCAAAUUUAAUAUUAGGCGGUUAUUGGACAAUGAAUUUGUAAUACGAUUUGUGAAUUUUAUGUAGAUUGUGAAAAUAGUUGAUAGAUUUUUAAAAGUUAUGUAGCUGUGAAAGUUUAUAUACAUUGACUUAUGAAAUUUGAUUAUAAUUUUUCAGAUUAGUACAU